UAAACUUAGAAUAAAAAGUACACUAGGUGGAAAAUAGGCCACAGCGCAAAAACGGGUGCGCAGUGCGCAAUUUCAUUCUGUUAAUAUGGCGGCUUCGACGGAAUUGGUUACAAAGGACACAGCAUGUGUGGAACAUACAGAAGUGGUUUUCGAGUCAGAUUUGUUGACAGAGCUGCUUUCAUCACAAAAACAAGCUGCACAAUUCCUCGAGCUUGCUCAUUUGGCACUGCGUGAUGAUCCAGACAUUGCAAGUGAGGUACGCAUGACAGCAAAUGAGUCCCAAGACCAACAUCUGAAGACCCACAGUCUGGUGAAGGAAUACCAAGGGACGGCUCUACAUGUGAUUCAUACGAUGCUCCCAAUCAUUCAAACUGGAAUCAAGAAAAAGAAAGAGUUGCUGGUCAUGAAAACAUUGAAAAAAGUAUUGACGUACGUCGAUGAAAUGAUCUCGAAGACAGACAAAACAAUAGACAAAUACUACGAUAUAAAGAAAGCUGUGAAUAAGGAGAGAACGUAUAUAAAUAAGAAAAAUAAAGAAAUUCAAAUAAGAGGAAGUGAAAUAGAAGUUGAAAUGAACAGGGAAAAACGCAUGUUAAAAGAAGACAGCGAAGAUUUAAAGGCGUUACAGUCGAGUAAAGAAAAGAAAGAAGAAAAGAUGGAGCAAUUGAAAUCCAAACGGGAAGAUUUUAUCGCCAAUUCGGGAUCGUUUCAGCAAGGAUAUUCUCAGAAACAUUAA